GUAUGACAACAUCGAUAACGCCCACUGGACACCUACAGACGCGCAAAAACGCGGCGCUGUCACAACUCCAGGGUGGUGGUAUAUGCGAGGACGAGUCGGAGCUUUCCCAAUCCGCUGCAUAGUUCGCUUGAACGACAAAAAGCAAUCACUUCGCAGCGCGGCCCUCAUUCUUGUUUCCCUCGGGAAGGACGAGUCGGCGACGCCAUGAGCUGCAGCCUAAACGCGACCAUGUGCGGCCCGCCGUGGUCCGUCGGUGUCUCCAGUCUCGCGCCCCAGAAUGACACGAGUCUUAUGCUGGCCUUGGUGAACCUGUUGGUGCAUGUUCCUUUCACCGACCUGCCCGUGCUGCGUGACUACGAGCUGGGGCCGCUGCGGCAACAGUACGACUACGUCAUCGUGGGCGGUGGCUCUGCGGGCUGCGUCAUCGCCAACCGGCUCUCGGCAGAUCCCAAAGUCACUGUGCUGCUUCUCGAAGCCGGAGGACUGGAGACAGCCUCGCGUCAAAUUCCGGCUGUCGCGCCCUUCAACAUCAGAGGUCACGACGACUGGGACUACUGGAGCGUCCCGCAGAAGAACGCCGCCCUCUCUUUCCGAGACCAGCGGUACUCCCUCUCGCGCGGCAAAGUACUGGGCGGCAGCAGCGUCCUGAACUUCAUGCUGUACAUGCGCGGCCACCCAUGUGACUACGAUCGCUGGGCCGACAAAUACGGAGCCACGGGGUGGGCAUACGAGGACGUGCUGCCGCACUUCAGGGACAUCGAGGACUAUCGCGUGGAGGAACCAGACGAGUACCACAAAGCUGGUGGCGAGGUGCCGGUCGACUAUUCUAACACCACUACGCUUCUGAGUCGGCUACUUCUGGAGGCGUGCAAUCAAGCCGGUUUUCCCCUCGUCGAUUUCAAUGGUCCCACGCAGUCAGGCUGUUCUCGCCUGCAGAUGAAUGUGGCGGACGGCGAGCGCUUCAGCGCCAGCAAGGCCUUCAUCCAGCCCAUCGUCGGUACGCGAAAAAACCUACACGUCGCACUAUUCAGCCAAGUCACGAAGGUGAACUUCGAUGGCAAGCGCGCCGUGGGCGUAACGUUCACAAGGUACGGUCAGCAGCAGAGCGUGUCUGCAGGGCGGGAGGUGAUCCUCUCGGCAGGAACCGUGGGCUCCACUCAGCUUCUGCUGCUCUCCGGCGUGGGGCCCAAGCAGGAGCUGGAGCGGUUGCAGAUUCCGGUGGUCGCCGACCUCCCGGUCGGACGCAACCUGCAGGACCACGUGGGUCUCAUGGUCGGCCUCCCCGUCAGCACGCAUGUCGACGUCGGAAUCCCGCCUUUUAGCCUGGACGACAUAGCGCAGUACGCGAGCAACAGAACAGGAACGAUAGCGAUACCAGCGGGCAGCGAGUUUCUGCAGUUCCUGCACACAGACUAUGCGAUGGAUCCCGAAAUCCCGGACGUCGAAGUGGCAGUACUGUCCACGACGCCAGCCAGCGAGUUAGUCAAGGCAUGGAUGGUGGGCACAGGCCUACAGCCAGAGGCUUUUGACAACUUCAUUGGGCCUACGAACGGCCAGCCUGGCUUCCGAGCAGUAACGAUCCUCAACCGGCCCAAGUCGCGCGGUUCCAUCUCGCUGCGUUCCACGGACCCCAACGAUCACCCCAAUAUUGACGAAGGUUUCUUGGAGCAUCCCGACGAUGUCAAGGCCGCCGCUCAAGGCACAAAGAUGUUUAUCGACCGCAUGCUGAACACGGACGCCAUGAAGCGCAUCGGCGCCAAGCUCUGGAACGUCACGUUUCCUCCGUGCGCCCAGGCAGGAUCUCUAUGGAGUCUGGAGUACAUCGAGUGCGUGUACCGACACUUCGGAACGACGGUGUGGCACCUGUGUUGCACCGCGUCCAUGGGCACCCACCCUGAGGCAGUCGUGGACGAACGUCUGAGGGUCCGUGGCGGUGUGAUCGGUCUGCGUGUGGCCGACGCUUCCGUGAUGCCGGAUGUUGUGAGCGGCCACACAAACGCGCCGAGCAUGAUGAUCGGCAGCAAGGCGGCAGCCAUGAUUAGAGAGGACCACGCUGGACUGCACUGAGUUGGAGUCAUGCGCUGUCAUCGGCUCACGAAGGCGGCUGCAGAGCGAGGUCUCAUCGGCUGUUGGCACGAUUGGAUUUCUGGACACGUGCACUAAUUGCAUUGCAUGUGCAUUGUGUAUGCAUUACAGCGUUGUAGCAAUGCAUAUACACGAGCUGAAAAAAAAAACAAUUUGCAUAGACACUUGCUCAACAAGCUUUCUUUUAAGCAUGUGAAACUCAUUAUUGAAUUGUAAUACUUCACAAUAUCUAGUAGGGUGUGUUCGGAUAAGGACAGGCUAAGGGGGGUGCCGACCAGUUUUAGUUUACAGCGAAAUUUUUAUGAGCUGGGAAAAUGUCACUGUCGAAAGGAAUAGACCUUUGUUUUGUGAAACUUGGCACGGAUUUCUGGAGAAAAGAAAUCGUAAUUCACUAAAGGUGGAAAAGAUCGUUUUAAUGACUUGCAGAUUUUAUAAAUUCGAAGACCUAUCACUCUAAAAUUAACGCAUUGUACACCGCCGAAGUUUGUUCCAUAAAUGUACACCGCUAGUAUUAACCCAUUGGAAGCUAAAUUUGACACUCGCAGUAUGUUCUCGAACAGUUUCAGAACUUUGGUUUUUGAACAACUUCCUGUGACCGACUCCGAAAUUGGGGUAUUUCUUUCGGGGCCACUUUAGCUAAGGCGACGAAGCUCAAAUAUAUUCGACAAAUCUUCAACGGUGUUCUCGCGGACUAAAAUAGUAUGUAGCUAUACUGCGUAUUUAUCUCGUUAUGACUAACAUUCCCAAAAUAGCGAAGUUGCUCCAUUUAGAAAAGUUUAAAAAUAAUCAUCGCCGAUUUUUACGAAAAUUUUAAAGAAUACCCACUCAGGACGGAUAAAUAAAGUACAGCAAAAGCAUCUUGCGCUGUCUUAUUUUAAGUGAGAAAAUUGAGCCUAUCUUAGACCGUUGUAUGAUCAUCCCAACGAUGUUUCGUUGUAACAAUAAAAUAAAAAUCGCUCAUGUUGA